AUAUUAAAAUUUCAUAAAACCGGGGAAUCCUGGAUAUGCAAGAAGCAGCCCAAAUUUGAAUUAGAGAUACCUUUGUAGUAUAAUUUCGUGCUUUGUGAAUUGCUUUAAAAACCCAGCCUAGAAACCCCAGAGGCCUCACUGCACCACUCUGAAGCUACUGAAGAAAGCAAAGAGAUGAAGAUGGACGUUGAUAACAAAAAGGAGGAGGGAACAGUGGAGGAGCGCUACACUCAGUGGAAAUCACUCAUUCCCGUUCUUUACGACUGGCUCGCUAAUCACAAUCUCGUUUGGCCCUCUCUUUCUUGCCGGUGGGGUCCGGUGACUGAGCAGGCUACUUACAAGAACCGUCAGCGACUUUACCUGUCAGAACAGACCGACGGUACUGUCCCUAAUACACUUGUUAUUGCAAACUGUGAAAUUGUAAAACCCAGGGUUGCUGCCGCAGAACACAUAUCACUGUUCAAUGAAGAGUCGCGUUCCCCAUUUAUAAAAAAGUUUAAGACCAUUUUACAUCCUGGCGAGGUGAAUCGGAUUAGAGAACUUCCUCAGAACAGCAACAUAGUGGCUACACACACUGACAGUCCUGAUGUCCUUAUUUGGGAUAUUGAAAGUCAACCUAGUCGUCAAGCUACCCUGGGGCACCCUGUGUCUAGACCAGAUUUGAUACUGACCGGACAUAAAGAUAAUGCAGAAUUUGCACUUGCUAUGUCUCCGACAGAACCCUUCGUGCUUUCUGGAGGAAAGGACAGGUCGGUCAUACUCUGGAGUAUACAUGAUCACAUCUCUACUUUGGCUACAGACUCAGGAUCUACAAAAUCUGCUAAACCGGGGGGAAUCAAGAACUCCAAGGGUAAUGGAAGUGAUGACUCACCAUCAUCUAGCCCUUCCGUACAAGCUCGUGGGACUUUCCAAGGGCAUGAAAAUACUGUCGAAGAUGUGCAAUUCUGUCCCUCAAGUGCACAGGAGUUCUGCAGUGUAGGGGAUGAUUCCUGCCUUAUCUUGUGGGAUGCAAGAAGUGGUUUUUCUCCAGCUGUCAAGGUUGAAAAAGCUCACGAUGCUGAUCUGCACUGCGUGGAUUGGAACCCUUAUGACGUAAAUUUAAUACUGACUGGGUCUGCUGAUAAUUCUGUUCGCAUGUUUGAUCGUCGUAACCUCACUUCAGGGCCUAUACACAUAUUUGCGGCUCACAGUGAAGCUGUCCUUUGUGUUCAGUGGUCUCCAGAUAGUUCAUCUGUCUUCGGGAGUUCUGCAGAAGAUGGCAUUCUGAACAUUUGGGAUCAUAAGCAGAUUGGCCAGAAAGAUAAUCCAAAUGGCCUAUUUUUCCGACAUGCUGGGCACAGAGACAAAGUUGUUGACUUUCACUUCAAUUCUUCUGAUCCUUGGACGAUUGUUAGUGUCUCUGAUGAUUGUGAAAGCACUAAUGGGGGUGGAACGCUGCAGAUAUGGAGGAUGCUUGAUCUAUUGUACAAAUCUGAAGAGGAGGCCCUUGCGGAGCUGGAGAAAUUCAAGGGCCAUUUGCUUUCGUGUCCAAUGUAAUAGUUUGUUAAAUAGUGAAUACAGGGUUUUGGAGACUACAAAGCUAAUGACCAUCAUUCCAUCUAUCUUUAAAAGUUAAAUUAAAAGUUUCAAGACAUUAACCUUACAUUCCAUCUAUUUUUUAAUAGUAUGGAAUGGGAAGAACCUCUCGGCCAAAACUCAAAAUGUCCUAGUCAAUCUGUCAUGUUUUUCCUAUUGGGUUGAA